GAAAACUUACAUUCACUGUCUUUUUGUUUUCUUUCUCCAGGUUAAGCAUUCUUUUCAUUUUAGUAAAGACUGCUCAGUAAGAUAAAAAUAAAAGGUGAAAAAAAUGCAUGUGACUACCUCCUCGUCUAAAAACAUUUGCAGAGCAAACAGAGGAGUGGCACUAUCACUUUUCGUUAGGAAGCUGAUAAACCAGUUUGUCGAGUCCAGAGACACAUUUAGUAAAUGCGCAAAAACAGACAGAAAAUGCUUAAAGAUUUUUAUAAAAUAGAGACACCAGAGAAAGACUGAGAACUAAGAAACAGGACACUGGGAGUGAGAAAAAAGGAGAUAAAGUAAGAAGAUAUUGAAGCAAACCUCAAGAACUUAAAAGUGACGGUCUGUGACGCAUUAUGGAGGCAGGAGAGGACUCUGAUUGUCAUGAAAAUUGCCCAGCUCUUCCAGAGAUAAAGGCCAUUAUAGUCGGCAGUAAAGCAGAGUACAAACGCAGUGCAGCUAAAACCAUUUUUGGCCAGAAUGACUGUAAAAUGGGUAAAGAGAUAGUCAAGAGUGAAAUGAAGCAGAAGACAGUUCAGAACAGGUCUGUCACUUUGGUAAUGACACCAGGAUGGUGGAGGAGCUUCACACUGGCAGAGAGUGCUAAGUUUUUAAAGAUGGAAAUUGUGCACAGCUUAAAACUGUGUCCUGAUCCACACGCCUUUCUUCUAAUCAUCAAUCUACACAAACCAUUUACAGUCAUGCACCUAAACAGUGUGGUGGAGCACAUGGAGAUUUUUGGUGAGCAGAUCUGGAACCACACCAUUGUUCUGCUCAUGUAUGACAACAAAGAGCAGAGAAAUGAAGAUAGCAAGCAAUUAAUUGAGACAGCAGGGGACGAACUUGAUAUUGUUAUAAAGAAAUGUGGAAACAGAGUUCAUGUCUUUAAUUAUACUGAGAGCAAGGGGAUAAAUGUGGAAAAACUGUUUCAUGAGAUAGAGAGACUGGUAGCUGAACAUCAAGGACAGUGCUAUGAAAUUGACAGUGAACUUUUUGAAGAUAUGGAGAAAAAGAGAAGAAAUGUGAAGAAACAAGCAGAAGAGAGAGAGAUUCAAGUAAAAACAAAGAUGCAAACUUUGAAACAACAUCUAACAGAUAAUUUUCCCGAAUUAAGGAUUGUCUUGAUGGGUGGCAAUAUUGUUGGAAAGACCUCAGUGAUGAACACUAUUCUGAAAAUUGAACAAGAGAAGACGGUGACAAAAAAGUGUGUGAUGACAGAGGGAGAGGUCGACAAGAGAAGAGUCAUUUUAAUCGACACACCUGGAUGGUGGCCGUACGCGUCUGUAAAGGAGACUUCAGAGUCAGUCAAGCAGGAGAUCAUGUCAAGUGUUAGUAUGUGUUCACCAGGACCUCAUGCAGUUUUGCUGGUUCUGCAGUCAGGUGUCGCCUUCACUGAAGCACAGAGGAGGUCUGUCAAGGAGCACAUGGAGCUCCUGGGUCGAAAUGUCUGGAAGUACUGUAUAGUUGUGUUCACCAGGAGCGACUGGAUGGUCACUAACACUAUUGAAGAACACAUUGAGAGUGAAGGAGAGGCUCUGCAGUGGUUGAUCAAUAAAUGUGAAAACAGGUAUCAUGUACUGAACUACAUGGAGCAGGGGAAUAGAGAACAGGUCAGAGAGUUGAUGGAGAAAGUGGAGAUGAUGGCCAGAGAAAACACAGAUCUCCUGACGCCUGUGGAAGCAGUGAUGGAGGAGACUGACAGCGGCUGGGGAUCUAUCUGGUCAGACCAAGACAAGUUAGAGAGAGAAAGCUUUACUCUGGAGCCACCUAAAAUGAACGAAGAAUACAUUGCAAAAUGGCUUGAAAACACAGAAAUUGUUUCUAACUACAGGAACUUAUCAGACUUUUCAAAAGACAUUUCAGAAGAUGUAUGACUGUAAAAAGAAUCUACUGUAGAAUUUACAGGAUUUUACAGGCAAAAAGGUAACUGCAUAGCAAAUAAUAGUUAAUUGCUGUAUGUGGAAUACAAUAAUUUGUAGUAUUUUAACAGUAACACUGAAUUAAAGUUGGAGUUUAUUUUACAGCAAUAUUCUGUAAUUUAACCAAAGUACAAUAUUUACCUGGCAACAAAAGUUGCCAAUAAAAUCCUGUAAAUACCCCUAAAUCCAAUAUUAUGUUGUAAUAAUUUAACAAUGAAACUGCCGUAAAGAAUAAUUUUAACAGUAAACUAUAAAAUACUGAUAUAAAUGCAUUCAGUCGCGCCCCGAGAAUUUUUUUUACAGGGAUGGUCAGUUAAGGCCACAGUAAAUCUUGGGGUGGCACAUCAAAAUGAAGAAAAAAAAUAAGGGUUUGCAAUAUUGACAAAAAGUGAUAUCUCUGUGAUUUCUACUCUAUUCUAUAUAGCUACUCUGGUGGCGCCAAUCUGCAAUCUUUUAUUGCAACCCCUUGGGAGCACCCCGAUCAUGAGCUCUAUCUUAAUAGAUUUACAAAUUAAUAAAAACCAAGUCAAAGAUAUUGCAAAUAAGUAUUUAUUAAAACUGGCA